GUCCAUUAAUAAUAGAGUAUAUCAGUUCAUUAGUACUGUAGUGUAAGUUUUAUUACUUUCUUUCAAUCUUAGGACACAAAAAAGGAAAUUCCUUUAUUUUUUGAGAAAAAGAUAUCAUUGUCGUCAAUUCUUUUAACGAAUUUACUGGCUUAAAAUGGUGGAAAAGUCAAAGCCUCAAGGUGGUUUAACAAAACCAAGUACAGGACAAUCAAAACGAACCUCAGGUGGUAUAUUGAAAAAGGUGGCUCAAUCCCUUGAAAGUGUGCCAGAAUAUGGACAAUCUCAUGAAAUGCAAAGAGCUGAUCCUACUGCUGAGAGUUCCGCAGCUGAAAAAAGUCAAGUUUCAGAAGAAGAAGAAAAGUUUAAAACACUGUGUGCAGGUGUUCAGAAUUCAUUAGCUCUGUUUCAAGUCUCUAUGAUAGAGCUACUGGCAUUAAAAGAUGAGCUUAUUAAGCAUGCUCUACCUCCUAGCUUAUUAGUCAAGUUCACUUUAGUAACGUCAAAUUUAUUUAGGGGGGCAUCUGAUUUAGCAGUACCAGUAAAUGAACUUGUUAGGCUAGUGAAACUAUACUCUGCUCCCUGGGAAGCCAAGAGUGCUGCUUUGAAAAAACUACAUGAAGAUUAUGAAAACAAACAAAGACAGCUUAAUGUUGCUCUUCAGAAGCUUGUAAUUGUUGGAAUACAGUCAGAGAGAAUGGCUCAAGAAAGAAGGGUACUCAACUGGGAAAAACUAUUUACGAGGAUAAUGACUUCUAAUGCUCAUGGUUACAGAUGGAAAUUUCUUAUAGAUUCCUUUAAAAAGAAAAUCAAAACAGGUGAGGUAUAUGAAGCUGUUACAAGUACUGAUGAGGAGACAGAGAAAGACAAAACCAAAAAUACUAGGCAGCUGGAGGUAAUAAGAAGAAAGACCAUGAAUAAAGAAACAACAGCUAAACGUAUCAUGAAGGAAACUGUUACAUUGGAAGAUGCCAAGAAGAGUGUUACAGCUCCUCUGUUAGAAACUCCAAAGAAAAAAAUUGAAGUCAAGAAUGAAGAUUCUUCUGAGGAUGAAGAUUUCAGUGAUCUUGAACUGUCAAGUAUUAAAGAUUUUGAUGAAGAUGAUGGAACAAGAAAGAAAAGUGCAGAAAGAAGAGGGCCAAUGUUGUCUCCUCAUUUCAAUCUUCCUCCUAAGAAAGAAAAAGAACUUCCUAAAAUAAGUUUUAGUUUCAAUCCACCAUCUGAAGAUGAUGACAGUGAUGGUGAUGAAAAGAUGUCCGGUAAAUCUGGCCUGUUCACAUUCAAGCCUGCAAGACAAACAACCAAAAAGACCACAGGGUCAAACAUUCAAUUUGCUGAAGAAAAACCAAAGUUGAGACCCAAACCAAAGUCCCGUGGGGUUAAAUUUUUUGAUUCAUCUGAUGACGAAGAAGAUGAAAAGGAACAGAAAGUAGUUGUGCCUCCAAAACCAGAACCUCCAAAGACAGAAGACAAAGACUGUUGGACACAUGAACCUGAUUCUGAAAAGUAUCUUCAUGUUCGCGUUUUUAGGCCCGUCUGUAAGAAAGCUGAAGCUCCUUGUUGUAGUGUGGUGUUUAUGGGUGUGGCUCUUAAAACAGGCACAUAUAAACCCCCUCCACCACCACCAUCUCCUCCUGAUACACCGGUUGAAAAUCCAGAUACUCCUAAAACAGGAGGAAAGAAAGUUGAUGUUAAGGCGAAGGAUGCUAAAGGUGGUGUAACUAGUCGGGCUGCUAGUGGUAGUAAGACUCCUGGUUCACGUAGUCAAAGUGAUAUACAUAAGCAGACUCCUGAGGUUGUAGACAGUACGCCACCAGAGGAAGAUCAUUCUAGGUUUGAAGAGUUGUUAUUCAAGCUCCCGGAUGACAACGGAUACUCUCCUGGCGAGAAAAGAAUCGACUUCGAUCAACAACAAUUUAAGGUUGCAGUUCACCCUGCACCAGAACAACCUAUGGUUGCCAUGGCUGCAAUUAGUUAUAAAGAUCUCAAGAUUGUGACCAAAGACGAUGACCAAAGAAACUGAAACUCCAUCAUUUGAGGAGCUUGUUAGAAACGAGAUAGAAGAAAGACGAAAAGCCGAAGAAGUAGAGCGGGAAGAAGAAAUGAGAGGAGUCUCACCAAUGCGUUAUACCGAAACGGAAGUACAAUCACUACGAGAUGCCCAUGUAGAAGAAGUACAAGCAUUACACGAAGAAUACGAGAGACGACUUAACGAGCUUGCACAGGGAAUCGACGCGUAUAGUGGAAACGAGGAAGAAAUGAGAGAAUUUGUACACGCCGCCACAUCUCCGUUGCACUGGCGAACACCGUCACCGUUACGAUCUCAAACAGCAACAGACCAGCCGCGUAUACCUAGACCUCCUUCAGAUGCUAGGGCGUCGUCUUCGCGAGUGAAAUCACGAGGAAAAAUCCCCAACCUACCUCUGUGGGGCAAAGAUCUACCACAAGACUUUUUGGUACGCUUGAAUAUGUUCAAUGAAAAUAGCGAGAAAUACCGCCUAGAGCUGGAAGAGAAGACGAAGAGAUCGAUUCAACAGAAGUACGAGUUGCAGAUGGCUGUUCAAAACAGACUGAGUAUUCCAGAAGACGGGGAACUUCCUCAAGAAGAAGUGUGUCUUCCUGCUGUCUUCAUGCCGACAAGAACAGGGCUGGUAUUUACACCCAAAGCUCAUUCAUAUUUCCAUCCUCCAGGGUCAUCUGAGGGUCGACUUACUCAGCCUCCUUCGGUUUUCAAGCUACCUCACGUGGGUGCUUCUAACCAAGUCUCUGUUCUUAAUCUUUUCGACAUGGGUCAAAGAUACACGGGACCUCCUUCAGCAAUGCCGGAGAAUGCUUACRCAUUGGGAAUGCCCCACCCAUCGCAGACAGCUCCUCCUCCACCAACAGCGUGUGAUAUCAACUCGCCGCAGUGUUACCCUGGACGGGCAUGCACUCGGUAGCACAGUCCCUCCCCCUAAACCCUCUCCCCAGAGCAUGAUCUCCAUAUCAACACAUGCAAAUAUCAGAGCACGACAACCCGAUGAAACAGCGCAAUCCAUCCAUAGUGCAAYCCAUCCAUUUUCACGAUUGAGGACGAUGUAAAUAAAGGAAUACAUGCCAAUU